CUUAGAACGCCCCGCCCGGCCUUGGACCUGCACGGGGACCCUAAGGCGGAGUCAGAGGCAAACUAGACUUGUCUCGGCGAGCGUAUAAAAGCCGCCCUCUCUCCGAACACCGCCACAGCCUUCGUCAGCACCGCCACACAACAUGAAGCUCGUUCUCCUCGCCUGCCUCUUCGCCCUCUCCGCAGCGGCCCCUCAGUUCCUGAGGCCCAGCCGCACCUCCCAGCCCUUCAUCCCCUUCAUCCCACCCCAGCCACAAAACAACCGCAUCAUCCAGGUGCUGCGGGACAGCCGCGACGACCGCGGGGACGGCAACUACAACUACGAGUUCGAGACUGAGAAUGGCAUCUACACCAACGUGGAGGGGCGCACUGGGCUGGCCGGCCAAACCAACCAGGCAGGAUCCUUCAGGUUCACCCUUCCUGAUGGCACCCUCGCUGAAGUCACCUUCGUAGCUGAUGAGGCUGGAUUCCGUGCCCAAUCUCCACUGCUACCCCAGGCCCCGCCCAUGCCCGCCCACGCCCUGGAGCAGAUCCGCAAGGCUGAAGAGGAGCGUGCCCGUGGCGUUCAGUUCGACAACCGCGGCUUCAGAAUAGGCGGCUUUUAAACCACUAGGAUUGUAUCUCCAUCACACCACCAGACGCCUCAUGACUCCCUCACCCCCUCACCGCCUGCCUCGCCCCAUCAACACCACCCUGCCGGCACAUGAACCCACACAUACACACUGCCGCCCUUAAGUCUCUAUACACGGCGUCCAUAGUAACACACGCUCAUAUAUAUACAUCGCCUUGAAUGUUGUUAAUAAAGAGCAUAAAAAAAAGAA